CUUUUUCUAUGCACUUUGUUUUCCUCUUCAGUGUUUCUUUUGCUUCUCAUCCCUUGCGGGUUACAGGUUAAUCCUUUUCACAUUUAAUUCUCUCUCCAGGUAAUUUAAUUCUCUAAUUGAUUGAUUGUGUUGAAGAUCAUCAACAGGCGAACCAACAACCUCUACAAUUAACACUAAAUCAUCAGCAUCAACUUUAAUUACAAUUCUCAGUCAUCAUCGUCUUAAUCUCAAGGUUGGUGUUGUUGUUUUCUCAUUUUCUUGAUGUAAACAAAAGUUGAACCUUUUCUUAUUAUUAUUGUUGAUUGUUUUUCUUUACCUGUGACAAUUUUGAAAAAAUGUUUUUAAUUAAAUCAUCUUGUUUCUCUCUGUGAUCAAUUAAACUUAAUUCUCGUAUGUAAACAGUAUCAGAAUGUUACCUUUGUAAAAGCAAAAAGGAAAAGGUGAUUCUGUUUACCUCAAUUUGUGUAAAUUUUCAUUUUUCAAGUGACAACUUUUAAUGAGUAAAACAAAGUGUCCAUUUUACCCUGGAUUUGAACCAUGGCCCAUGCUGGACUAACUGAAGAAGACAUUCCUGAGGGUAAAGUUAAUCAAGUUUGCCGGGAAUGGCUUGUGAGGGAGGAUAAUGCAAUCGCUUACAGGUUACAAGAUGAAGAAAGUAAAGUUAAUGCUCUUUUUAACUCAUUCUAUGAAGGUAACCGUUUCAAGAAUCAAGUUUUUCGAAGUGACCUCGAAAAGGCGAGAUACAUUCAAGAGAAGGAGGAAUAUGAAAGGAUGAUUGAGUUUGAGAGAGAAAGGCAGAGAGUUGCUGAUGAAGAUGAGAGGAUAGCCAAAGAGAUACAGGAAGCUUUGGUUGAUGAAGAAAGGAGGAAGGCUGAACAAUUGAAUUUGAUUGUUGAAGAGGAUGAAAAAUUAGCUCAGAGGCUUCAGGAGAAGGAGAAAGAGCGACUUAAACGGAAGAAAGUUCAACGGGAAAGGUUACAGGUUGAAAAGAUUCGGUUAGAGAAAUUUGGUUCCAUGAAUCCGGACCUUUUGGAUGCCGUUAAUCGGACUAUCGCUGAUAUGGAUGAUGCUGAGAUUUUCGGUGAUCUUGUUAACCCAAUUGCUGGGACAUCAAAUUCAUCGGGUUUAACUGAAGAUUAUCUGUCAGAUUUGUGUUUAAAACCACCGGUUGGUUUGACUGAAGCGGAGAUGUCACAAUUUAUGGCCGAACAAGAUGAAGAAUUGGCUCGAUUUUUACAUCAAUAUGAGACCCAACGGAAAGCGGCCAUUGCCAAGGAAAAGAAAGAGUGGAUUGAAGCUCAAGAUUAUGAGAUUGCACGAAUUUUACAGGAAGAGGAAAAGGCCAGAGCCAAACGUGCCCGUGAACGUGCUCGUCAGGCUAAAUUGGAACGAGAAAGGAUGAGAAAAGUGGAUCAAGAGGGUAACCUAAUUUUUAAUGGAAAAAUUAAUCAGCAUGACGAUGCAACUUCCCUUGGGUCUAAUACAAUUAAAAGUAGUAAUAGUAGUGGUCAUUAUUAUUCAAGAGAAAGAAUAGAUUCAACCAACCAUAAGAGGUCAAGGCAACUUGGAGGAAGAGGAGGAUUAACACAAAGUUAUCAUGAAUUAGCAAUUGAAGAAACUUCAUUAACCAAUAUGAACCAUUCAAGUUGUUCAAUUAACAAUAAUGAAACUAAUUAUCAUGAUAUCUCACCAGAGGCUAAUGAUUUGGCAAAACGUGACUUACCACCGAUCCCAAGUUUCCAUAAUGUGGCAAUGGACCUCGACCCAACGUACAAAAGACGCCAACCGACAAGUGGGACACCAAGUAAAAAGGUAGAACCCGAAAAUGUAGCCGAUUUGACCGGUGUCCAUUUCGCUGAACUAUGCCGAGUAUCUCCGUGUUCAUCAUCCUCGCAAAGUCCACCCGCUAAUAAAAAUAACGCUCAACAACAACAACAACAACAACAACAACCGACAAUAAACGAAACCAAUUACAACAAUUUACAAGCCGAACAAUUUGAUGAUAACAAUUACAUUGGCUACCAACCCGUCCAAGGCCAACGACGAGUGACAGCCGAAAAACGGAGUAAAAAAAGUCGAGACACUUGUCGAACUCAAUAAUCAACAAUCAGCAAUCGAAAACAAUCAAUCCAAGCUAAACUAGUUAAUCACUUUCCAUUUAAAUUGUCCAGUGUAAAUAUUUUCUAACCAUCAUCAACAAUUUAAUAAUUUUCUUUCUCUUUCUCAAAUGAACACAAUUAUUUUGAUACAAUCACCUGAUCAUCAUCAUCAUCACCAAUAUGCCUUAAAUUAAUUUCCGAUUAUUAAAGAAACUAAACUUUUAAACAAAAUAA